GCAUCAUUUGAAGGCAGUUUUCACAUUAUGACUGCGCAGGCGAUGAAGAAAGAAACCGGACACUUCUCAUUAGUUUUUGACUGCGGACGGUGUGUCAUGGGUGGACUGACGGCAUCCCUGAAGAUUAGUGCACACUUUGCGAUAUUAUGACAAAGGUGCAUAAACUCAGAAAACACUUACUCAGAACUUUAUGAAACGCAUCAGUGGAAAGUUAGCGGGGCUGUCGGACUGCACUCCAUGCACACAAGGAGCAUUUUCUAAGUUGAAGCUGUUGGAUGUACUUUUUUAACGAUAGUUUUUUUUAACGAUCUGUUUAACUUGUAAGUCAUGGCACUACAUUUUGUUUACUUAUUGACUUACUUAUUGUUGGCGCUGAUUUUGCCCGGAGAUAUUCGGGGAGCAGGAACGUACGCAUCGCGAUACACUCAACAUGUGGAUGAGAGUCAGUCUGUAUCAGCUCCACAGAGUGGAUCUAAGGUGACCAGCAGACACAGGAACUGGUGUGCCUACGUAGUAACAAAGACUGUAAGCUGUGUAAUGGAAGAUGGAGUGGAGACGUAUGUGAAACCUGAAUACCAGCGUUGUGCUUGGGGCCAAUGUUCCCAUGUGGUUUUGUAUCGGACCUAUAGAAAACCACGGUACAAGGUUGCCUAUAAAAUGGUCACAGAGAUGGAAUGGAAAUGUUGUCAUGGCUACUCAGGAGAUGACUGCAAUGAUGGCAGGGGCAGAACAACUGGUGAAGAAGGGAGAAGUGACAGCGAAAAGAUCAGACAACUUGAAGAACAAAUUCAAAACCUCCAGUCAACCUUAUACAACAUGAAUAAGAAGUUACAUGAGGAAUCUCAAAGAGAAGGAAUCAGUGGCAGUAACAAUUUGGCUGACGCAGCCCAGCCAGGGAUGAGGGAGACUAUUCAUAGCAUCCAGAACAAGCUGGAUAUGCUGGACAACAUGACACAGGUCCAUGACAGAACCCUCACCAGCAUAAACAACCACCUAGUCGGUGGCAAUGGAAUUGGAAACGAGUUGGACAGUCGCUAUGGCACACUUAAAGAGGAGAUUCUCAGGGAGCUGGAAAGGCGAGUGACACUGUCUUGCUCGUCAUGCCAAAACGGAGUGGAGAGCAUUCAAAGGCAACAGCAGGAAGACAGAGAGAGGAUCCGAGCUCUGGAGAAGCACAUCAGUGUGAUGGAGCAGCACCACCAACAAACUGUAGAUUUGCUGAAGAAGGACCUAUCACAUUAUCAGAGUUGCUGUGAUUCCAUCAGCGAUCUGGACAGAAGGCUUGGUGCCAUUGAGAGAAAGGUCAGUUCGACUGCAGAGGCGUAUGAUAUUCUUAGAGGACGUCUUGAGAAAGAGUUGAGGGGAUCAGGCAAUGGCAAUGGUGGUCGGGGAAAAGCGCUUGAUGAAAAACUGAACAGCCGUCUUAGAGAAUUGGAGAGAAGACUAAAUGGGACUGUAAGAAAAACCGAGCAAAAAUGCUUCCAUACUGAGACAAGUAUGAAGGAGUUUGUCAACAGAGAGAUCGGCCAGAUAAAGAACUCUGUCCUCAGUCGAAACGAUGAUCAUGGUUAUAGAAUAUCUACCGUUGAGAUUGAUGUCCAAGACUUGAAGCAUUUCAUUAACGACCACAAAAAUGAUCUGGAAAGGUUAGGGAACAAAACAAUUGAUCUCGACAGUGGACUUAAGUCAGCAAUUCAUUUGUGCACAGAGACGUGCAUUUCAAAAGGGAGUGAGACAGCAGAUACUGUGAAAAGCCUGGAAUGGAAGGUUGUUGCCAAUGAGGAGGACAUUAGGAAGUUUGACACCAAACUAAAGGAUUUAAGUGUGUCUGGUGACUCCUUAUUGGACCGUAUUGUAGACCUCAGCCAAGACGUUAAAAAGAUUAAGGAUCUGACAGGACAUAAUGGAGAACACUUUAAUCAAAUUGUCACAGAUGUGGAGAGUAUGCUACGUGAUUGUGACAUAUGCAAUUCGAUAAAGGAUCAACUUAGUACAAUAAAAAACAUAACCAGCCAUACUUUUAACACACUCAAGGGAGAACUUAAAGAUUUACACAAAAAAGUAGACUCAGAUGAGUAUGCUUGCUCACUGGUAUGCUCAAACCUCCAGGAGGAAGUGGGCAAACUGAAAGAAGAGGUCGAGAAAUGCACAGGCCAGUGCGUGAUCAGCAUGGCUGACCAUCAGAGGAACAUGAAUAAUCAAAAUACCAUAACUCACAAGCUUGGCAGAGACCUCAAGUCCAUUCAGGGUGAGCUCACAGGGGUAAUCCAAAGGUUCAGCUCCAUCAAUGACACUCUGAAAGGCCUCAGGAACACCAUACAGGGGCAUGAAAACUCUAUUUCUGAUCUGGACUCAUCCAAGGAAAGAAUUUACUCUGAAAUAGAUCAGAUACAGGAUGAUUUUAAUAAGCACAAAGUAGACAGUAAAGUGCAUUUUGAUAACAUCAGUAGAUUUAACAGCAACUUGAUGAUUGAAAUGGGAGAAUGUAAACAUUCUCGAGAAGGGCUGGAUAAGAGGCUCUCAAAGAUGGAGGAUGUCUGUGGUAGACUGGAUUUCUUGUCAGUAAACCUUCAGACAAUCAAAGAUGGUCUAAGCAAACACGUUUCUGGGCUAUGGACAUGUGUUCAUGACCUAAACUCUACACUUAUCUCUCAUGGGGAGGCCAUCAACAGCAUUCAUAAUGUUCACUUAGAGAACAUUCAUGGCAAAAUGAACAACCUCAACUCUACCAUACUGCAUGUUCUCAAGGAGUUCCAGAGCUUCACUGAAGAGGACUUCAUUGGACCUCCUGGACCAUCUGGUCCUCAGGGAGAGAAAGGAUCCAAAGGACCACCUGGGCCUCAAGGACCUCCAGGCAGAGAAGGACCACAAGGGAAAGUAGGGCCAAUAGGACCCCCAGGCCUCAGAGGUGAACAAGGACCUCCUGGAGAGGAUGCAAAUGUUCCAAGAAUGUCAUUCUCAGCUGCACUCACACGACCACAACCCAAUGCAGGCACUAUUGUCUUCAACAAGGUCUUUGUCAAUGAAAGAAAGGCCUACAAUCCAAAGACAGGUAUGUUCACUGCACCUGUGAAAGGACGAUACUUCUUCAGUGCAGUGCUGACAGGUAACAAGAAUGUCAAGAUCGAGGCAGUCUUGUCUAAAUCCAAUUAUGGAAUUGCCCGCGGAGAUUCAGCAGGCUAUCAGCCUGAGGGUCUUGAGAAACCCAUGGCAGAGGCACGGCACACUCCUGGCUCUUUGGUCAUUUUCAACAUCAUACUUCCUCUGGAAAAGGGAGAUACUGUCUGCAUUGACCUGGUCACAGGUAAACUUGCCCACUCUGUGGAGCCCCUUACGAUCUUCAGCGGGAUGUUGCUCUAUGAGGAAGACAACAGAUUGUAAGAUCAUCUGAGACUCACUGAGGACAAUAUCUGUAAAGAUGUAAAAAAUUUUAUCUGGAUAUACCUUUUUUUAAGAACAGUUCUAAAUAUUCAGUGUUGAAUACGGUUUCUAAAACAAAUUAUAUGCAGGUUUCAUUUAUAACAGGCCAUAAGAAACACAAGAUGGAUAUAUUUUUCAAUAUUAUUAGAAAAAUGGACUGAGAUUUUUUUAUAUUGUUACGUUUUUUUACAUUUAUUCUUGAAUGGCAAAUCCUUUAUUUUCAUUUACUGUAUGUGAGCCAUGUUUGGUUAUAUUAAAAUGUAACGGGAAUGGCAAAGAUAGCCUGUUGCUAGACCCUUGAAAUAUGCUCCAGUAAACAUUAGUGAUAAAUAAAUGGAGAUUACUGACAAGACAAUUAUUCUGCCUGAUAUUGCAGCAAUCAUUUUGUUGGGUUUUUUAACUAUUUACAAUAAUAUGCCAGACUCAGAAAUGGGCUAACUGGCCAAAUGGUUUUGCAAAAUGGUUUUGAUUCAUUUAAACAGUUUUUAACUGUUUAACAUACACUGAAUAAUUUGCAGCAUUUUCUUAAACCAAAAAAAUAAAACAAAAAUAGCACUGAAUAAGAUGGAUCUUUACCUACAAAUAUGGCAUAAAAACAAACAUUGCAUCAAUGAUUUAAUAGCUUAUGCAACUUGUAAAAAAGAUAAUUUAAGAUAUAUCCAUAACUGUAUAUAAAAAAGGGUUGGUUGGCAGUGCACUGCAUAAUAUAGUAUUCACAUGCAGUUUGAUAUUUGUAGAGAAAAAUGAGAAAUGGAACAUGAGAACAAAAACAGUAGCCUAUAGCUUGUUGUGGAUCUACAAGUACUUGGUCUGUACCAAUGGUUUUGGCUAUGUGUAGUUUGCCAGUAUUUUCUGUUACCAAACAAUGCAAUCAUUACUUUACAUAAAUGUAUUUUUUAAAGCAUCACAUCGCUAUGUAUACCAUUAUCCCUUUCUAAUUUUUAAGCUGCACUAAAAUACACCUCAAGAAGAAGGAAUCCAGAGAUCAAGAUAAAAUAUGGAUCUGUGUGUACUGUUUGUAUGGUUUCUGUUUAAAAUGAGGAAAGAUGUUUUUUCCUCAAAAGGCUCAAUUCAGGUUUUUUAAAGAUGGAUACAAUAAAUAUCACACACGAUAUUUUUAUAUUAUUUCCCAUUUCCUUACUGUGUUAUUCUUUCAUAUUUGCGGCACAUUUCAUCAUUUAAUCUCCAAAUUUGGAAAAGUAACUAUAAAAGGAUGAAUUCAAAUAAAGCAGGCUGCGCAGAGAGAGACACGGAGAGACAUUUUUAGACAUGCCAGAGGCUGCAGAUCAGGAAACUUCUGUAACCCAUUCUCUGGUGACUCUUCCAAAGAAAACUAUCAAAGCUGUUUGUGCUAGAUGCAGAAAAGAUUUCAUCUUGCCUAUCUUUUUGUCAAUGGAUUUUUAUUUAGUCUCUUUGGACUGCAGAUGUCCUCUAAAUAGACAAAAUCUAUCAGCUCAGAAUCUGUAUCUUUGCCAGACUUGUAUUUGUGCGACCUUCGCUGCCUUGGUGGUCUAUGCCUGAUGUUUUCUUUAAUACAACGGGAUUUAAAAGGACUUUGCACUGAGUACUGUGAGAUCAAACCUUGACCAUUCAGUCCAUUUUAAGCCCCAGAAGAGAGGAAUUCCUGGAAAAGGUCAUAAAUAUUACUUCAGAAUGCUUCAUUUUGCGAUUUGCUCAACUUGCAAUUGGGUCCAGGUUAUAUCAGCUGUCCAGCCAUGAGUUGAACCAUAUGUUCAAAUCUACCAUUUUUAAGAUUUGUCUCACUACAGGCAUUACAGAACAGUAUUAUAAUUAUGCAAAUAAAGUGUAUCUGACUGCUGUGCAAUCCAAACACUCCUCAGAUUAUUUUCAGUGCAAAAUGUUUUCAUAACUUCUUCAAAGCUGUUAUGUAUUGUAUAUACAGUAGCCUGUUUGCAAUGCUAGUUGUUAAUUAAAAUAUUUUU